AUGACAUCUGCUCCAAAAUAUUGCAAAUUUUACACACAAGUGAACCUUAUCUUUGAUGCAAAUAGUGACAGAAACACUAUUGUGACUGUGACCCUUACUCCACCUAUUUUUGCUCAGUACCUGCGUUUGAACCCAGUCACAUGGCACAACAGAAUAGCACUGAGGAUGGAGAUGGUUGGCUGCUCACAGGCAGAGCAGAAGUACUAUGAUGUGUCCUGUGUCCGUUGCCUGACCUCCUACUACUGUGAGGGAGAUGGUGUGAUGCAUUCCUGUGCCAGGUGUGAUAAUGCCACUGACACCAAUGAUACGUGUGGGCGAUCCCCCACAGAACAUUCCUUUGGCCUCCAGGCACAGUGCUCUCCAUGUCCUGCUGGAUGGAUUUGUAGUCAAGGCUAUGCCGCACCAUGUGUUGAUUUCACCUAUGUAGACUACUGCAAUGACACCUAUUGUCCAGAUAGCUGUGCACAGUGUGAACUUGGUUAUGCCUGCCGUGGAGGACAGAGAUACCAAUGUGAACCUGGUUCUUACUCUGAUGGAAAUCUAAAGUUCUGUGAGAUGUGUGCUCCUGGGACUUUCCAAAAUGAGUCAGGUCAAGAUGGCUGCCUCCCCUGUGACCCUGGAAAAUACAGCAGCAAGUCUAAAGACAGAUGUGACUGGUGUCCUACAGGAAUGUAUGCAGUGGGUAAGUCUAUAGACAGUUGUGACUGGUGUCCUACAGGAAUGUAUGCAGUGGGUAAGUCUAUAGACAGUUGUGACUGGUGUCCUACAGGAAUGUAUGCAGUGGGUAAGUCUAUAGACAGUUGUGACUGGUGUCCUACAGGAAUGUAUGCAGUGGGUAAGUCUAUAGACAGUUGUGACUGGUGUCCUACAGGAAUGUAUGCAUUGAAGGAGCUUAUUCAGCACACAGAAAGCACCCUGGGUCCCGUGGAUAUCUUGGUGAAUAACGCGGGUAUCUGGGUGAUAAGGUGUAUGAAGAACCUUCACGUGGAAGAGUGGGAUCAGCAAGUGGAUGUGAACAUCAAGGGAGUGUUGAACUGUAUUGGAGCUGUGAUCUCAGGGAUGUGUGAAAGGAAAAGUGGUCAUAUCGUCAACAUGUCGUCACAAAAUGGAAAGAAGGGUAGGGCUAGCCGUGUACACAGGGUCGAAGUUCUUCGUUGAAGGGAUGUCACGGACGCUACGCCAGGAAGUUUGUAAGGAUGGGGUUCGUGUUACUUGUAUUCAACCUGGUGAAGUUGAAA